AUGGGAACAUCGUGGAGGGCUGUAGACAAAAGCCGCCGUUCCGCCUGCCACGUCAACUCUCUCUCUUCUUUUGCACUCUUCGAACAUUCGCACCACUUUCAACCUUCCUCCUCUCUCUCUCUCUCUCUCUCUCCCUCUCUCUCUCCUGCUGAAAUCUAGGGCACAAAAUCUUGCUUUGCAACCAUGAAUGUCUUCAGAUUGGCCGGCGACAUGACUCACUUGGCCAGUAUUCUGAUCCUCCUCCUCAAAAUUUACGCCACCAAAUCGUGCUCAGGGAUUUCGCUUAAGACUCAGGAGCUCUAUGCCCUGGUGUUUCUGGCUCGGUAUUUGGACCUGUUUACGAACUUUAUUUCGGUAUAUAACACUGUGAUGAAGCUGGUGUUUAUCGGAAGCUCGCUGGCCAUUGUUUGGUGUAUGCGGAUGCACAAAAUGGUGAAGCGUUCAUACAAUAAAGAGCUCGAUACGUUCCGGCAUUAUUUUCUUAUUGCUGGCUGCCUUAUGCUCGCCCUGCUUGUCAACGAGAAGUUCACGUUUCAAGAGGUGCUCUGGGCAUUUUCUAUAUACUUGGAGGCGGUUUCUAUGAUUCCGCAGUUAAUUUUGCUACAACGAAGUGGAAAUGUGGACAAUUUGACAGGGCAAUAUGUGUUCCUUCUUGGGGCCUACCGUGCAUUGUACAUUCUCAACUGGAUCUACCGCUACUUCACAGAACCACACUUCAGUCGAUGGAUAGCGUGUGUCGCUGGUCUGGUUCAGACAGCUUUAUAUGCAGAUUUUUUCUACUACUAUUUUAUCAGCUGGAAAAACAAUGCAAAGCUUCAGCUGCCAGCGUAAGCCAAGGAAGCAUGUUCUUACAUCUGACUUUUAUACACUACAGCUGAUAAAUCUAAAUGCGGGAUAACUCUGCUGGAAGAAGCGCAUAGGGAUUACGUAGUUUCGAAUUAGGAUGGCAACCCCAUUGCCACAAACGGGGGAGUAGUAAGUCAAUUUAGGGUGUAGUUACCCAUCUUAUAGGCACUUGCAGGCAUUUUAUAACUCUUUUUCGCCUUUUCCUUUCUUUUUGAUGGAUGUGUAUUUCACGUCUACAUAAUGUUUUUGUACUAUUGUGAGAGAACUACUUACAUGACACCUUUAAUGUUGUGCCAUGUAAGUCCUCAUGUUGUGCAUCACAGGCAACUUUAAUGUUCAUUGGUACCUUUAUUUUCUUGGGACCAAGACAAUGGGACUUUUUAUAUC